AUGAGCCAGUUUGGAGAGCUUGUGCUGCUUAUAGGAGACCUUCACAUCCCACAACGAGCUGUGGACUUACCUGAAAAAUUCAAAGAACUAUUAGUGCCAGGCAAAGUGUGGUCAAGUAUAAACCCCAUUCCCUCUCAAUGCCAAACUACCUAGUCUAGAUAGUAAAAAAUAUGAGAUACUGUAGUUCUUCAUUCUAAGUUAUUAAAACGCGAUUUAUAGCAUGCUUGCACAUACUUUUAAUAUUUUACUUCAUAUCCCGACUAUAAAGAGAAUUUUUAAAUGGCUAGCAAUUUAGCUCAUAUUUUUGUAUUAAAUUCAAAUAAGAUAUGUCAUGUUUUAUAUGCAAAAUAAACUUUUAAGUAUAUUAAAUUUAGCAAAAUAAAUCCUAGAUAUUAUAUAUGUGCCUAUGAUAAAUAAUUGUGCUUGAAUUAAUUUAUUGGUGUCUAUCCAGUUCAACUAAAAGCAAUAAUUAAGCGAUAUCAGGUGCAUUUCUCUAUUAACUCUUUUAUUUAUCAGUCUAAAAAUUUUUACCAUAUAAAUAAUUUUGUUUAUAAUAGGGAUAUAAAAUAAAGUAUUAAAUAUAUGUGUAAACAUGCUAUAAAUCGUGUUUUAAUAGCUAUAAUAUGAAAAACUACAAUAUCUAAUAUUUCUUACUAUCAAAAAUAGGUAAUUUUUAUUGAAGAGAUGGGGCUUAUGCUUGACCAAAAGUGCAGCACAUUUUUUGUACUGGGAAUAUUGGCAGCCGUGAGUAUUCAGAUUGGCUUAAAGGGCUAGCUUCCAAUGUGAAUAUAACAAGAGGCGAUUUCGAUGAAGGAACUACACUACCGGAAAGCAAAGUUGUGAGCAUCGGGGACUGGAAAAUUGGACUUAUACAUGGGCAUCAAGUUAUUCCAUGGGGAGACAAAGAAGCAUUAGGAAACUUGCAAAGGCAGCUUGAUUGCGAUAUUUUGGUAUCAGGACACACUCAUGCUUUAUCUAUAGAAAGCUUAGAUGGAAAAUAUUUUAUUAAUCCAGGAAGUGCAACUGGAGCAUAUUCAGCUAUUACAGCUGAAGUUAAACCAAGCUUUAUUAUAAUGGCUUUCCAAGGAAAUGAAGCAACUUUAUUUAUUUAUGAACUUAUUGAUGGAAAUAUUUCAGUGAAUAAAGCACAGUUCUCUAAAAGCUAA